ACCGCCGACGCGACGUCACGUCAGCGCCGUCGGCCGGGGCGGCACGGUCAGUUCGUCGCUGGUGGUCGUGGCGGCAGGACCGGUGGCCAACUCACUCACCUCGCCUCACCCACCCAACAUGGCCGACAAGGACGAGAAGAAAAAGAAGAAGAAGAGCAAGAAGAAGGAAGUAGUUGAGGAGGCGCCCCCGCCGGAGCCCGAGCCUGCCGCCCCCGCCCCCGCCCCCGAGCCCGCCGAGGAGGAAUGGCCGCCGAAAAUCUCCGAUGAGCCGGCGGCACCCGCGGAGGGCGAGGCGCCCGCUCCCGCUGACGGUGAGCAGGCCCCCGUCGAGGGUGGCGAGGGUGCCCCUCUGGAAGAGGACCAGCUCGAGCCCAUGCCCAUCGAGAAGAAAAAGUCGCCCUACCCCGUCUUCUGGAACCGGCCCAAGGCCAAGAUGUACGGCAUGAACUUCGACUACGGCGAGAACUAUUACCGCAGCAUGGUCAACUACCUGGAUCACAAGACCCGAUUGGGCGGCGCCGCGGCGCCCCGCGCCGAGUCGUGGGCGGAGCGGGCUCACAAGUCCGCCAGCUCGCGCUACAGCAAACAGGAGGCCGACCUCAGCGAACUGCUCAACACCGUGCGGUCAAACAUCCGGGGCUACGACAUGCACCACAAGGAGUACACCACGCGCGUACAGAGCGCCUACGGCCCCAAGGCGUACUGAGCGCUGACCGGGGUCUCGCAGCGCGGCGGCGCGGCGCUCCGGGUCACGGCGGGCCCGGCGCCGCCCAGCGGCAGCACCCAGAGAGUGUAGUGUGGUGGCGUGCCGCUAGGCGGCGCGGGCGACCGAGCGAGGCCAGCCGCCGCCGCUGCCGCGCCCGUGCCAAGUGAUUCAGGCGAGACGGGAGCCGUCACCGUCCCCUGUGUCGUCUGCCAUUCGUUGUCUGCUGCCAAAAGGUGGAACGUGUCCGCCUUUGACUGUAAUACUGCCACCAUCGAUAGCGUUUUCGGGCUCGCGGUCCGAUGAUGCUCCUUAGACAUCUCCAGGCAGCACCUGCCUACAUAUUGGGGUUGACUGUGGUGCCAUCGCCAAUGAUCAUCAGAAAAAAAAACGUUAAAACGGGAACGAUGUUAAAUUGCAAUUGCGGCUACAAAGGACUACAUCCAUGUCUUUCGUUGUAUACCAGUCAGUCUCGUUUGAAUAAUAAGCACAUAUUUGCGCUGCGUCAGACUGUGCCAAAAUACAACUUUCUGGGA